AUGGAUGCUAUCUCCGCCUUUCUGAAUUGGGGCAUCGGAUCUUUCACGUAUCAGGUUCCCUGGUACUCAACCACAAGCAAGGUGCGGGCCUUCAAUAUCUCAUCUGAUCUUAUAAACCUUCUCUCUCCUGGUGCCUCAAUAGUAUCACCUAGUUCGUCACGAUUUGUGGAAACUGAGUCGUGGAAUCUACUUCGUCCUCCGAACUUCCAAAUCAUCGUCGAGGUUGCAACUGAGAGCGACGUUCAACAAACGGUCAAGUAUGCAAAUCAGCAUGGUAUUCAAUUCCUUGCUAGAUCAGGCGGGCACGGAACUUUGCCUCUCAAAUCAAGCUUCAACAAUGGCAUCAAUAUAUGGAUGAGGAAGCUAAACACCAUUGAUAUCAGUCCCGAUGGGCAGACCGCGACGAUAGGGGGCGGCGCUUUGUCUAAAGAGGUUACAGAUGCAUUAUGGGCCCGUGGUAAACAAACAGUGACAGGAUAUUGCGAAUGUGUCGGCGCUGUUGCUCCGCUUCUUGGGGGAGGGUACGGAAUUCUACAAGGUUACUAUGGGCUUCUCGCAGAUAAUCUUGUUUCUGCUCGGAUGAUCUUAGCGAAUGGUACCGCUGUCAAUGUAUCUGCAGAUUCACAUGCCGAUCUUUUCUGGGCCAUUCGCGGCGCUGGUCAUAAUUUCGGCGUCAUCACGGAGUAUAGAUAUAAAGUAUAUGACGUUCCCCCAGACGACAUGUGGCAGGUUUAUACCUUCACUUAUGAAGGCAGCAACGUCGAACCCGUAUUUGAGGAGCUUAACCGUUUCGCAAAGACCACAGCGCAUCUUCCCGGGAUCUUUUACUUCUCAAACUUUAUUCGUCUUCCUCAAAUUGAUACAGCAAGAGCUGUCAUCUUGGUCCAUAUCUUCUGUCACGGAGAUCCCUCUGUUGCAACACGUUAUACUCAGCCCUUCGAGGAUAUCGGGCCAUUAGAUGUCAAGAAACAUCAAAGUGUGACUUAUCCCGAAAUCCCUUCACUCACCGCGACAGGUGUGGAUGAUUUCGCCUGUCUACAUGGAUCCAGCGUAAUCUUGUCGCCAAUCAACAUCCAAGAAUUUAAUCUUGAGGCUCAACGUGCAGUUUUUGAGGUAUUUACGAAGGUCACUGGCGAAGUUCCUGAGCUUAGUAAUGCCUUCAUCAUGUUUGAAGGCUACUCCUUAGACGGAGUGAAAGCUGUCCCAGAAGAUAGUACUGCAUUUGCUCAUAGAGGAGACAAUAUCGUUAUCUCUCCUGCCAUGAUGUACUCUCCCAACACGAGUGUUGAUGCUAUAGCUAUAGAAGCUACCAAUAAAAUGCGUAGCAUUCUCCAUGAAGGUGCGGGUGGUGGCGAGCUACACACCUACGUCAAUUAUGCUUUCGGCAAUGAGACUCUUGAGAAUAUGUACGGCUAUGGAAAAUGGAGACUUGAACGAUUAAGGGGGUUGAAAAGAGCAUAUGACCCAUUUGGAAGGUUCAACUAUUAUGCACCGAUCAGCUAA